CCGGGGGGAUCGCCGGGGUCCUUUGCUGGAAGGGGGGGAGAGAACACCAAAUAGACCCGGCGCCUGUUUUCCGCCCUCUCCCCUUCCACACACCACCGGGAUCGACCCUCCAGUAGACCGGGGAAACGGAGGGCAACUACUCCUUCCUGGACUCGCUGUUAAGGAGAGCCGGCCAGGGAAAGGGGGAAAGUCUCCCUUCCUCCCCCCUCCCCGCCGGCGGACCGAAGGGAAAGAGCCAUGCAGGGAGCAAAGUUGGACGUCUGAGCCGAAACGACCCCCCUUCCUCCCCCACCCACCCCACUCCCCUCCGUUUUGUAUAACCGGGAUCCGAUCCGUGAUCACACCUGUAUACGAUUCCUGAAGGGGAUGGAUGUAUCUUAAUCUGGUGCUUCAGCUGUGAACCUGUCACCUUGGGUGGCCAUGCUAAGAAGUCCAGGCUCAUAACGGAAGGCUAGCCUCCUGACGGCAUUUGAUCUGGGCUUCUUUGACACACUCAACCCUCCUCACCACGUUAAGCAACAAGGGCCUUAUGUGGAGGCGUCGGCAACUGAAAUACCAAAAAUGAAAAGGUGCUUUGAAGGUGUUGGGCUGCGAUGCUUUCUUAAGGAUGGGACCUCAGCUGCCAUGCAGCCACAGAAACAUCUUCUUAUCUUUGACUUUGAUGAGACCAUCGUCAACGAAAACAGUGAUGAUUCUAUCCUCCAAGCUGCUCCAGGAAAACAGCUCCCAGAGUCAAUACGCCAAACCUUCCGUGAAGGACAUUACAAUGAAUACAUGCAGCGGGUGCUGAAGUACAUGGGAGACCAAGGGGUGAAGAUGGCUGACUUCAAGGCCGUCUAUGAAAAGAUCCCUCUCUCCCCUGGCAUGCGUGACCUCUUCCAGUUCCUCACCAAACAGCAGGACCAUUUUGAAAUCAUCCUCAUCUCCGACGCCAAUAUGUUCGGCAUUGAAUGUGCCUUGAAAGCUGCUGGUGUGUACUCCCUUUUCCGGAAAAUCUUUAGCAACCCUUCUGGCUUUGACAAGAGAGGCUACUUCACCCUGGGCCCAUAUCACUCACACAACUGCUCACGGUGCCCAGCAAACAUGUGCAAACAGAAGAUCCUGACGGAAUACCUGGCAGAAAGAGCUCGAGACGGAGCCAGAUUUGAGUGUAUUUUCUACAUUGGAGAUGGCGCCAAUGACUUCUGCCCUUCCACGGCUCUAAAGUCCAGCGACAUGGCCUUCCCGAGGAAAGCUUACCCCAUGCAUCAGCUUAUCCUGGAAACAGAGAAGAAUCAACCUGGGGCCUACCAGGCCACAGUAGUUCCGUGGGACUCAGCUCUAGAAGUUUCCUGCUACCUCCAAGAGGUUCUCAAGAGAAAAUGAUAAGGAUGAAGGAUUUGGUGGAAGAAGCAGCUGCUCUUUAUCCACCCCAAUGAGCAACUUGGAAAGCUCUGAAUGAACAGCAUCACACCUCACUUGUGCCUGGCUUAAACUCUGGGGCCUCCGCCUCCUCUUCUAGCUCAAACUUUGUCUCCAGAUCUUCCCUUCCUUUGAUCUUGAGGCAAAGGCUUUCUAUGCAGUUAGGAAAUCCAUUCAAGGAAGGGUGGGUGGAUGUUUGGCCAAUUAAUCUCCCUCCCCCCUUUGCCGUUUUACAAAGUCUACUUUUGCAUACUCUAGAUCAGGGGUCUCCAACCCCUGCUCUGUGGCGAGCGAAGCUCUGUCUCCUGUCAGAGCACUCCUAUUAGGUUCUAAUGCCACUGAUUAUCUGACAGGAGG